AUUCUAUCAGUCUUAUUUCGCAGUUUCAGCAAUUCUACACUCUAAUUCACCAACAACAAUGUCGCUGAUCCCAAGCAUUUUCGGUGGGCGCCGGAGCAACGUCUUCGAUCCCUUCUCCUUGGACGUCUGGGAUCCUUUCGAGGGCUUCCCAUUUUCAAGCUCACUGGCCAACGCCCCUUCCUCUGCUCGUGAGACCUCUGCUUUUGCCAACACUCGAAUCGACUGGAAGGAGACCCCAGAAGCUCACAUGUUCAAGGCGGAUCUUCCGGGGAUCAAAAAGGAGGAAGUGAAGGUUGAAAUUGAAGAAGGGGGAGUUCUGCAGAUCAGCGGAGAGAGAAGCAAAGAGCAGGAGGAGAAGAACGAGAAGUGGCAUAGAGUUGAAAGAAGCAGUGGGAAGUUCAUGAGGAGAUUCAGGCUGCCGGAGAAUGCGAAAGUAGAAGAGGUGAAGGCCAACAUGGAGAAUGGAGUGCUGACGGUGACGGUGCCCAAAAUGGAAGUGAAGAAGCCAGAAGUCAAGAGCAUUGAGAUCUCUGGUUAAACACGGUUGGUUCUUCUGCUCCUUCCUGAUCGGGCAGAAGUAAGUCGUUGAAAUGGGUGGGUUUCUGAUUUUGAUGUUUUCUACAAAUGUUUUUCAAUGUGAAAAGGAUGAAGAAAAGGGUUUGUAAUUUCCGGUCUUUUUGUGGGCUGUUUCGGUUUUGUUUAUGAUCUA